ACGCCUAAUGUUUGUAUCAAACCGACAUGAAAUUAUCGGUUAUGUGAACAUAUCAUACAGGUAAGAGCAGAAAAUGGCGUCCACAUACAAACAGGAAACGAAAAGGAUUCAUAUACUAGUAUAACAAAUCAGCAACAAUGUUCGGGCGGAUUUUUGUGACGGUGAUCUUAUGUCUUCAGUUCCCUAUAUCCUUACAGCAAUCCUCAUUCAGUGGUCAAAAUCCCCAGGCAAAGGUGUUCGAUUACUAUAUGGAUAGCCAUGCAGAAUGUGGUAAGACGUUUGAGUUGGGAUUGAAUUCGGCCACAGUGUAUGGUAAGGGAGCAGUUCAGACCGGAGACAGCCCCACUAGCUGUACCAUCAUUCUGUCCACUGACGGGAUCAGGGAACACCGAAGAUUCAGCAUAGAGUUAGUCACUGGUUUUAUUAACUCACCUGGAGUCAACUUUUACAUAUAUGAUGGACAGUGGUCUCAGAAUUCAGGGGCACAAACUCUGGCUUCCUUUAGUUACUAUAACAACCCUCCUACCAAUAUGCAGAAGUUAAUUACGUCGGGCGGGUUCGUGACCUUUUCUCUGACCCGGGACAGUCCCGAUCUGUUUGGUUAUGGUUUUGUUAUCCAUGUACAGCCCAUUCCUGCUGACAUCUCCAAUCCAAAUAACUGUGAUGAUGGAGCAGGGUUUGGCUGUGAGAACUACUACUACAAUCCUAUCAUCACCAAGUCUGAGGUCAUCUACAUAGUGGCUGCCAUCUUUGCGGUUGUUCUGGUGAUUGUGGUACCUUCAGUCCUGGUUUACUGCUAUCGUCGUCAGAAGGGACUGAAUCGCCAGUGGCAGGAAAGACGUCUAAAGGAUGGCGCCCCAAACACGGCUGCCACGUCACUGAAUGGCAGCGUACGUUCUGCUCCACGCAGCGUCAGGCCAUGGCAAUCUGAGGGUUCUAAACAAACCUUCGCUUCCAUCAAGAAAUCUCCUGUGUCCUCCCGCAGGUGGUCACGACCACCAACUGAUGAAGAGGACAGUGUCUUUGAUGAUUUUCCAAAGAGACCCCCUCCUCCACCCCCAUAUGAGGAACAUGAUAGAUACAGAGUGGCCAGGAACGGUCGAGAUUCCAGGAGAGACAACUACAGAAGAGAGCGUCCUUAUAGAGAAAGGAAGUACAGCGGGAGCAGUAACAACACGUCCGGUAGAGAUCAAUACAGCGAUGAGAAAGAACAGUAUAGUGAUGAAAAAGAUGAUUCCUUUGUACAGGCUGACGACGAUCAUCCACAGGAAAACUUUGUGGAGAGGAUCAUUGAACCUAGAGUCCAUCCCAAGUCAGCAGGGAGGGUGAACAGAAAGGCAAAGGUGGAUCAGGAGGAUGGAUAUGAUUCUAUUGGAAAUGUGAAAUCUGAUAAAAAAGACAAGAAAAAACUGAACACUGAGACUCAGUGCAGCAAGGAGUCGGACAGUGAGGGCAGUCCAGAGACGGAGAAUGAGGCAGAGAGUACGGAGGAGGAGGAGGUGUCCUCACAUUCUGAGGAGGAGCAGGACCCUCGGACCUCACUGUACGCACAACCUGACAAAGCUCGCAAGGCAGGCAGGAAAAAAGAUAAAACCAAAGCAGAUAAACCAACAGUCCUACCACCUCAACCAACUACAAGCACAGGUCUACAAGCAGGAGUGCCAUACCAAGCCAGACCCCCAGGAAUGGUGGUGCAAAGAGCACCACUACCGGGAUAUCCUGUGGGGGCCCCAAAUCCAGCCCUCAAUCCCUCCUUAAGGUUUAUGCCACCAGUGGGGCAAAUUGUAAGGCCUGCUUAUCCGGUUCCGAACCAGUUUAACCCUGCAGGUGCUUUUCCUCCAGCCAAUCCAAUGGCUAGACUUCCAAUGCCAGCACCAACAACAGUUCCCAAUGUUCCCAGAGCAAUGCCUCAAAAUCUACCUGUGUCCCAAUCAAAACCAUUGUAUGAACAGUUGAAUAAUUCAGGUGAUGCUCCAAAAUAUUCGUAUCUUGUUAAUCGUGGUUAUGACACCGGUAGAACCUCUCCAAUCAGCACGACGACAAGUUACAGCCAGCAGAGCUAUGUUUUAGAUGACUCUGCUGUUAAUAUUGACCUAGGAAGUGGCGUAGAGCUCAUGAAACGGACUACUGAUGUCUAAAUAUUUUAAACAUAAUCUGGUAUUUAUAUCAACUUAAUGCACUAGAGUGCUUCUUUAAAUUUUUACCGGAAAAUGAAUAUCGUUUAUAUGUUUUUUCUUAAUACAUGUACCAUGCAAGUAUGGACAGUUAAGAAUAGACAAAAAUCUUGGCAUUGCAUUUAAAUUUUCCUGUGUGAUAUAAAGGAUGGAGAUCAGGGGUCUAUUUUCAAAAGAACUUGAGUUAGACACAGAUAAUAAUUUUAAGAACAAUAUAAUUUUUUAAUAUCAAUUUAAAAAUAGUUUUAAAUACUUUUAAAAUUAAUUUAGAUGUGUAUUUUUAUAUAAGCAAUUUUUAACAGAAUAUAAUUGAUUUUGCAAGAUUAUAUCAUCAUCCAAAACAUUUUGUCUUAGCUCUAAUUUCUUUAGUAAAAGCUGGCUCUGCUCAAUUUAUUGACAUAAAAUAUUUUUAAAAUGAUUUCUUGAUAUUUGUCAGUAGCAUUCACUAUAGGAAUGUAUAGUUGUCAUCAUUUUAUACCGAGUGAGAGGGUUUAUCAAAACCAGUCUAAAUAAGACUUUGAUCCAGUGAGCAGCACACAAGCUGUGGUAUUAAAUACUACAAUAAAUCUACUAUGUAUGAUAUAAUUAUUUUAAAUGAAAAAUAUGAAUGCUAUUAGCUUUUAAAAAAAAUUUUUCUAAUGUAAUAUGAUGUUUUAUGACAUAUUGUGCUUAUUCAGCAAUAAAAUAUUUCAUAUCUUAC